AGUGUCUGUAGUGAGGUGGCGAGCCUCGCCGGCCGCCCGGGCGGCGGUCGUGACGUCACUCUGAUGUCACCAGAGUCGGGGCGGCCGCCGGGCGGCGGGCGCCGGCCGUCGGCCGUUUGCCAGUCGCGCCGAGCUGUGAGAGGGGUGUGUGCCGUGGAUGCCGCUCCGUCGAAAAACUGCGGCGGACUGGGUGGAGGGGUGGUGAGGGAGAGUGGGGGCUGGUGUGGACGUCUGCUGACUUGUUGUUGGUCGGUAUGUGGACGGUUUGGCUAAGUGAGUGAAAAGGAACCCCUCGUCAGUGAAUUCGAUGGUGCCGUGAAGUCUGCGUGGCUGUGGUGGGUUCAAAGUUCGUUGGACUGCAUGGGAGGCAUGAAGCUGCAGUGAAGCCGAAGUGACUGGGACAUCGAUUUUCCUGCAGUUGGUGACGGCGUUUGAGACGCGAGGAGCUUGCUGAGGAAGCAGGCGACUGGCGAUAGAAAUCGCGAGGCGUCUCAGGACUACCGGAGCGGACCGCAGCUCUAUCGCCCAACUCAGCGUGUCGUGAGGCUACUGACCUCCCUGGGACCACCUAGAGGGCACAGUCACCUCGCCACCCGCCGCGGCGGACCGGGAGCGCAGCCUGUCCACCGGACAGCGCGCUCUCGCUGGCCUUUGUUCUCGCGCCCGGCCGAUCGCCACGCACCGUCCAUUCCGAAGGCGCGCGCCGCGGCCCGGCCCGCCUGACCUGACCUCACCUGACCUGACCUCACCGGCCAUCACCAUGGUGGACUACUACACGGUGCUGGAUGUGCCCCGGAACGCGCCCAGUGAACAGAUCCGCAAGGCGUAUCGUAAAUUGGCCCUGCAGUGGCAUCCAGACAAGAACCCAAACAAUAAGGAAGAUGCCACGCGACGGUUCAAAGAGAUCUCAGAAGCCUACGAGGUGUUGAUAGACGAGAAGAAGCGGAAAGUGUACGACAAGUACGGCAAGGAGGGUCUGAAGAACGGUGGACCGAGCAACCAUCAUCACCACCACCAUCACCACCACGGGCACCAUCACCACGGCCACGGGAGUCUGUUCGACGACGACAUCAGCUUCCUGUUCGGCGGCGGUGGCUUCACGUUCAGGGACCCGCAGGACGUUUUCAGGGAGUUCUUCGGCGGAGACCCGUUCCAGGAUUUCUUUGAUGAUUUCUUCUCGGCCGGCCUGGGCGACCCGCUGGUGGGCGGCGGUCCGCACCGGAGCCGGCACGGCCGCAGUCGGAGCCGGCACCACCCGGCGGCGGCGGCCGCCGGCCACCAGCUGUUCGGCGCGCCACUGCUCUUCCCGCCGCUCGGGUUCGCAGGACUCGGCGGCAUGAUGUCCUCGUUUGCCGCCAUCGACGGCAUGAUGGCGUCGGCGGCGGCGCACCACCCGGCGCUGGCGGCGCGCUCGGUGGCCGGCCCCGGCGCCGGGGCAGGGACCACCUUCGUGUCGUCGACCAGCUUCAGCAGCCUGGGCGGCUCGCCGGGCGGCAGCGCCGGCGUGAAGCGGACCUCCACCAGCACAAAGUUCAUUAACGGAAAGAAAAUCACCACGAGAAGGGUGUAUGAGAACGGCCGGGAAACGGUCGACACCUACGAGAACGACGUGCUGAAGCAGCACAUAGUGAACGGCGUGCCACAGCAGUUGGCCUACUCGCGGUAGGAGCCGCCGCCGCGCGACGCACGCGUCUAGGAUAUAUGACGGACUUUGUCACCGGUCACGCGACAUGACCUGGCUCGACUGCAUCCAGCCCUACUCCGGCCCGCCACGGCCUGGCUCGAGGGAGCUGCCGUACUGGCGUAACUCAGUGAGGACCUCGGUGCGCUGGAAGGUUGGCUGAGAUGGAGAGAAGUCGGCGGGUCGAUGGAUGAGGACGCACGGCCGCAGCGGACUGCUGAUCUGGAAGGAUCCGGUCCGUGACUCGUGUUGUGUGACAUCACUGACAAAUAUGUGACGUCAUACGCCGUUUAUUACCAUGUCUGCAGGAACCAUUGGACGUUACCCCACGACGUGAUUCUCAAGGCGCCGAUGACCAGUGAACGGUAUAGGCGAUGAAACUAGGACUCAACUAACUUGCCAUCGCAUCCGAGACGAUGGCUGUAUGGUCACAAAGCUGACCGAAGAAGCGGUGUCGCCUCGCUCAGACUUGGUAAGGCGAUCGGAGUGGCUCAAACGCUCCAAAGUGAGUGGAUCUCCCGGAUGGUCGGAGUUGCUCUCAUGUGAGGGCCGGAGGGGGCGAACUACCGUCAGGGAUGGUACUGCCAGAAGGAACCUCGUGACGGACCAACUUCAGAGUGUGUGGCGAACCCAGCACCGAGACACAUUGAACUUCAAUAAAGGCGAACCCGUGCGGUUCGAUACGUUACGUGUGUGACGUCAUGUGAACGUAUGUAUGACGUGUUGGAUAUUGUGACGUCACGGCUCGGAUGUGACACGCCGAGGAGUUGUUUGUUCUGUGUUGAGAGGUCGCGGCGGCUGAGCUGUGCGGACUGAAUACUGCGUGUUGUGACUCCGAGACGACGGCUCGGAAAGAGCCGGCCAGCCUCGGGCCAGAGAGGUGGUAUUCCGAGCUUUCAUUGUCGCUGCGACCCGUCUGUGUGUGUAUGUGUGUGACGUCACCAAUGUGAUGACGUCAGACCGUCUGCGUGUUACCGUGGCCGGUCUGCGGUCCCAGUUAUCUCAGUGUAGCGCUCUCCGGCGGUUGGCCGUCCAGUCCAAAGCGAUUUUGCGUUUGACCGAUCGCGUUCAGGUUUAGUUCCAGCGGAAUUAAUAAACAGCCGUCUCUCGCAGCG